UUUGGAUAUGGCAGCCCUGUACAACGCCAGCAGUCACAUGUUGUGAUGAGGAUCCUCUGUCGACGCGUUCUCUGUUCUCGCUCCUGAAUAUUGCGUUUGUUGCGUCUACUGCACAAUGACAUAUAAGAGGAAGAUUCACAAGAUUAGAGCAGCAAAUCUGGCACUCGCUCGCCGUCUUUAUCAGCAAAGGAAAGCCGCUUUAGCGCAAGUAAGAGUAAUAUCGAGUGAAGAUUGUGGUGGCCUCCCGGUUUCAGUUGUGAGAGGCUUGACGCUGACAACUCCCUCCUCGACGACCCUCACGCACCCUCCUGGACCCCAGCCCCUCUCUCCACGCCGCAAUACAGUGCUAUCUACCUCUACUAGCGAGGAUGAUGAGGCAGUCCCAUCUACAUCUGCCGAGGAUGAUGGGGCAGUGCCAUCUACUGUCGAGGACGAUGGGGCAGUCCCAUCUACAUCUACUGCUGAGGUUGAUGAGGCAGUGGCGACUCCCAGAGUUUCGAAAAGGCGUAUAGAUACACCGAGCAGUGCCCAAAAGCGAUUGAAAAUAUUUAGAGAACAGACGGCAGAAACAUGUAUCAGUGAUAAUGAGAUCGAAGGAAUAAAACGUCAAGCAGAUGCACGUGAGACAGUGCUAAUGGUGACAGACAGGAACCUUGAAAAGUACCUAGAUGAAAAUUCUCCAUGUAUGUAUUGCGCACGUGAUUCCCAAAUUCAUGAAGUCCUUAUUGAACAACAUAAUGUUCACGUCAUCAAAACCUGUAAUGAGUGUAAUAUGUCCGUCAAACGACCAUUGCAGACAAAUUACGAUAUUCUGAAGACAUUAGUGCACUGCAAUAUGCUAAAUGGUCAAGGAUACGUGUUUUACGAACGUUGGUGUGCCAUAAAUAGGAUGAAAUUUGUAUCACAGAAGGUGUAUGACAGGUGGCAGGAUCAUAUCAGAGAUGCUGCUAAUCUAAAAUGGGCGGAUGUGCAAGAAAACACUCAGGGUAUAAUAUUUGACCAUUACAUAAAACAGUUACAUAGAGAACCCACUGAUGGCAUCCUUGACAUUGAUGUGUCAUUUGACGGAUCAUGGCAUACAAGAGGCCAUCAUUCACAAAUUGGCACUUCAUUUGUGGUUGAAAUAUUCACUGGCAUGGUAGUUGACUUUAAUGUUUUCUGCAAAAAGUGCUCUCAGUGCCAACAAUUCGAGCGGUCGAAAAAAAGUGGAAAACUAAACCAGGCCCAGUUUGACAGUGAAAUGGCUAAACAUCUUCCAAAGUGUGAUAGGAACUACAGUUCUAGUGCGAAAAAUAUGGAGGCGGAUGCAGCAGUGUUGAUGUGGGGUAGAUCAGAAGUUAACAAACUCAGGUAUACGACCUUCGUGGGGGACGGUGACUCGUCUGCUUACAAUAAGGUUUGUGCAAUGAACAAUGGUGCUGGACCAUACGGCGACACAAAGGUAGAAAAAGCCGAGCGUAUAAAUCACUUCAGCAAGAGAGUUUCUACACAGCCCCGCAACUUACAGAAAUCAGCUGUCGAAGUCAAGGAGUCGAAAAGGAAGUCAAGACGAAUGUCACUAGUGAAAGGUAAAGGAAAACUGACUGACUCAGACUCUAACUCAGAAAAACUAACUCAGAAUCCAAAUGAGUCUCUACACCAACGAGUUUGGACAAUGGCCCCCAAAGACAGAUUUGUUGGUCGUACAAUGGUUGACUUCGCCAUGGCAGUAACAGCCACCAACUACAACUCCGGGUAUUCCAGGGGAUCUCUGACCAGCCUCAUUGGAAUACCUCAGAAUGAUAUAACUGAUUGGUACUUUAGUAGAAAGGAGAAGUUGAUGCAGAAACCAAUGACACGCACCACCAAGCCAAGACAGGCUCCUGAGGAAGGGGAUCCCGGGGCAGGUUCCUGUUAGUGCCCAUUGCAGUGCCACCUUGAGGACCCACAAUUUGGACCAAUUACAAUAGGGGAUUUGCAUGGAACCUGCACACCUUGCUGAGCGGAUGCCUAUCUGCAAGGGUGCCAAUUAUGAACGAAAUCGGUCGACGUCAAGCUCUGCUACAGGUGGCCAAACUUUGAUCUUAUUUUACAUAGGGUGUGAUGCUGAAACUUGGACCAGUUGCAGCCCUUUCCUUCACCAUUUUGUAAAUAAAUUUUUAAGAAAA